AUGUCGUUACCAUUUACAACAGAGAAACAGCUCGCGAUUGCUGCAGUCCGAAGAGCAUGCCAUUUGACUUCCUCGGUGUUUAACAAGUUGGUCAAGAAUGAGACAUUGACCAAGGGUGAUAAAUCGCCCGUCACAGUGGGAGACUACGCGGCCCAAGCGCUGAUUAGUAGCAUGCUAAACCACGCAUAUCCACAAGACCCCAUCGUCGGAGAAGAAGAUGCCACAGAACUACGUGCAGAGUCCGGUUCGACGCUCCGAGAACGUAUCGUAGAGCUCACGAACGAAGCUUUGACUCUCGACUUGCAACAAGGAGAUUAUGCAGAAUGGGGCAUUGGGCCUGGUAAAGCGAAAACUCCGGAGCAACUGAUGGACGAAAUCGAUAGGGGAAAUUACGGAGGAGGGAGAACCGGUCGGAUGUGGUGCAUCGACCCGAUAGAUGGUACGAAAGGGUUCCUGAGAGGGGAGCAAUACGCCGUCUGUCUUGCUCUUCUCGUCGAUGCUCAAGUCCAAGUCGGCGUCAUCGGAUGCCCCAAUCUACCCGCCGACCUAUCGCAGCCUGAAGGCCAGAAAGGCUGUUUGUUCGUUGCGGUUAGAGGACAAGGCGCUCAGCAGAUGUCUCUUAUGGGUGCCAACCCCACCCCGCUCUCCAUGCCUCCAUACGACCCAUCAACAUUCAACUUCUUGGAAUCUGUCGAAGCAGCUCAUACCUCCCAUUCUACGAACGACAAGAUAUCAACGUUGUUGGAAAUCACUCGUAAACCUAUCCGAAUGGAUAGUCAAGCCAAGUACGGAUGUCUUGCUCGUGGAGAUGCAGGUGCAUAUAUGAGGAUGCCAGCGGGUGUAGGAUAUCAAGAAAAGAUAUGGGACCACGCACCUGGAUCCUUACUAGUUGAAGAAUCUGGCGGUAUCGUGACAGAUUCUCGGGGGACGCCGUUGGAUUUUGGGUUGGGAAGAACCUUGGGUGUUAAUCAUGGUGUGAUUGCGACUGUGAAAAGUGCCCAUUCGAGACUUAUCGAUGCGGUGGCGAAAGCACUUUCGAAUGAGGAGGGAGAUACUAAAUCUAAAGCUUGA